AUGGAAAGUUCAGGUGCCUUGGAUUCAGGGGAUAUUUCACUGGCCUCAGAUGUCUUUGGUCUUCCUGGUCAGUUUGAUAAUCAACAUCCUGCUCACGAAGUAGUAGCACAAGAUGAGGUUGAAGCAAUAUGGAAAGGAAUUCCAAAAAGAACAAAAAAUUUCACAAUUGAUGAGGAUGAACAACUUGUCAAAUCGUGGCUAAACAUGAGUUUGGAUCCGGUGAAAGUGAGUGAGCCAACACUUAUCGGCACAAGAAUGGAUGGGAAUGCUGAGCCAAUCCAAUUCUCAUGGGGCAAGCGUCGAGCAACAGGUGGUGUCAAGAUGGAUAUACAGUUCUAUGGGUCCUUCACAUUGGACAAUGUGAAGUAUUCAUUGUAUGACUGUGUCUAUCUAUUUAAGCAUGGUGAAACUGAACCAUACAUUGGAAAAAUAGUGAAGAUUUGGGAGCAAAAUAAUGCUAAAAAAGUAAAAAUUCUUUGGUUUUUCCACCCUGACGAGAUUCAGAAUUAUUUAAGAGGCCCUGUGAUGGGAAAGGAGAUUUUUCUUGCUUGUGGUGAAGGUACUGGGCUUGCAGAUAUCAACCCACUGGAAGCUGUUGCUGGAAAAUGCACUGUUAUAUGUAUUUCAAAGGACGAGAGGAAUCGUCAACCUUCUCCUCAGGAACUAGACAUUGCUGAUUAUAUCUUCUAUAGGUUCUUUGAUGUUAAAAGUUUAACACUUUCUGAUCAAUUGCCUGAUAAAAUUGCUACAUGGCAAGUUGAUGUUCUGCUGAAUCCAAAAGAUGAGCUAGUCAUAUCCAGUCCUGGUACAAAUGUUCCGUUGAAUCCAAAUGUGGAUGAGUGUAUGGUUGCCGCAGUACCUGCACCCCCUUCAGCAGUUAAAACGGAGGAUGGAAGUCAGGCUGCUGCACUUCCCCUUCCGCAGCCAGCAUUUAAGGAGGUGGAUGAAAAUCCGCCUGCCACAGUUCCCCUUUCCCAAUCAGAGGUCAGGGAGGAACAGAAACCAACCAUUGCGAUUCCCCUUUCCCAGCCUGUGGUCAAGAAAGAGGAUAAGAAAUCAGUUGCUGCCAUUCCCCUUUCCCGUUCAGCAGUCAAGGAGGAUGAGAAACCAGUUGCUUCGAUUGCCCCUCCACGGUCUGCAGUUAUGGAGAACAUUCCCAAACAUACACAGUUACAGGAUGCUCACACUGGGGAGAGGCCACCAAAAAAGUUGAAAUUAUCCCAAGUAACUACAGAGCAGGACAUAGCCCCAGAGACUGCUGAACAAAGACCUUUGGAGCUACCGCCAAAGAAUAUCGACAGAAGCAAAUGGUUUAAAAUUGAAUGGGAUGACAGACUAAAGAUGGCUGAUGAUAAGGGGACUCUUGUCUAUAUUCAAAAUCUUGAUAUUCGGUUUGGACCUGCUGACAUAGAGGUAGCAAGCAAAGCAUAUGCCAUAUUCAAAACUAAAGAUGCUGCUGAUGCUGCCAUUUUAAAAAUCAAUUCUGGCUUGGUUGUUGGUGGAAGACCUCUUUACUGCAGCAAAGGGUUACUUGAGGUUCCAAAACCUUCAGUGAAUCUUAUUGGGCACCUCUCCUCACAUGUCAAAAUUGGUCAAAAGCAGCGUGAUUUGCAGAAGAAGGCCGUAGCAACCUCACAUUGUUCCCAGCCCAACACGAUCGAGUAUGACUUGGCCUUAGAAUGGAUGCUUCUUCGGGAAAGGCAAGACCAAAAAGCACAGAGGUCAACGCGCAUGCUUGCAGGGGUCAACGCGCUCUCCAGCAACGACAUCAGGGUCGGCACCAACGUCGAGCCUAAGGCACUGCGCAAAACGUAUGUCAUUGUUAUGCAAAACAUGCCAGCCAAUUUCUCUCGUCUCCUUCCAACAACAGAGUUUCUCCACGUCAAGCCUGGAAAAGGUGCUGCCUUUGUCAGGACGAAAAUGCGCAACUAUGUCACCGGCAACACAGUUGACUAG